UGACUUGGGAUGGGAAAGAAUUAGAGCUUGGAACAAAACACGGAGCUAUGAUGAGAGAACGAGAGAGAUACGAUUUGGAAUUUGCUUGGGAGCGAUUCUGCGGAUACCCUUUUUAUACAGCUCGUUGAACUUUUGGUAGACUACCGCCGGGCGUCUGGGAGCACCCGGAUGGAGGCACGUACGGCCGUUUUUCUUCUUGACUGUGGUGAGUCCCAACUUUUGUGUCCUGAUGCGUUCCUCGUGACCAACGCCCCGUUGACCCUAACGUUACCUUUGUGAGAGACUCUGAAGAGGCCAUAUAUAUACUACUACCUUACACAGAAUAACUUUAAUGAAUGGAUCCUGAGGUAGGCACCAGUAAUGAGACUUUUAUCGAAAUUUCCAUUGCCCUUUUUAUUUCUGCCACACCGAGGUUUUCUUCUGAAAACUUUGCCCAGAACACAUACUCACAAACUUCUAAACAUCCCUCGCCUGCUAAGGCUGUUAACAAUGUCAACAUCACUACCGCUUUACAAGCGAGAGGUCCAAGAUCCGGACAACAAGCCACUGAGAAGGGUCAUAACGGCGUCCUCGGUCCGUUCGACUCAAUCAACCACCCCGCCCGGGUUGGCUACAGUAAAGGAAGCCUCUGGCUCUGGGGUGUCUUUACCCUCUGAUAAGAGCCAUAACUUGAACGCAGGGGCAAAUAGCCACACGUGCGACUCGCGGAUGAUGUACACCGUACGCGCACGCGAUGUCCCCUGCGAAGAUCCGUCGCAGUGCCCCUACGGUCCCAAGGCGCAUUCCCAUUCUGUCUACAAGUAUAUCAAGGUGGACAAAAAGAAGGUCAAAUGUGGUGACAGGGCUGAACAGGUGUGGCGGGCGAAUCAGAAGCGACUUUUAGCGGAGAAGCAGGAGGGCGAGGUCGCUGAUGAGGCACGCCCCGGGUCUAGUUCUGAUCAGCACGAACUGAUUCGACUUUUCGCAAAACCGAACAAGGCAAAGGAGGGAAACGGCUCUAAACUGCAGGAGCGUAAUGGUGAAUCUCCCAUCAAAAGCACGGCCGAGCCGGAAAAGCUGAGCGACCCAAUUACCUUUGGGCCUUCCCAGUGCUCUCUGCCCGAGUACAUGAUCAAGGGCACGCCCCUGAUCCCAUUGCCUUACCUUUCGGCCGGCGGCUGGACUUUCCCGCGCCCCCAUGCCGAAGCGGAGAAGAAGGAAAAGGAGCGGGAGAAGGUGGUGAGGGAGGCCGAAAAGGUAAGAGUGGAGAUGACCACCCCUAUCAUGAAGCAAAGCCAAGAAGAUCAGCCUCAGCAAGAAAAGACUCAGAAAGAUCCCGAGGAAGAAGCAGAGGCGAAGAAGCAGAUGUGGCGACAGAUCAACGAGAAUACUACGAGCAAGCAGACAAGAGAGCAGGAGAGCCAGGCGAGCAAGCGACAUUGGGAGGAGUUGCGCAAUCGGGUCUUAAGAGAGGAGCUCCGUCUAAAAGGCACUCUUGUGCGCAACACCGCGCAGGAAACUGAAGAGCACAUUCUCAGUCUCGCGAAUGAGCACGUACAAUACUACGAGCUCAAGGUAAAGCAAGAACGGAAAGAACGGGAAGACCACAUUCUCAAGCUGAAGCAAGAAUGGGAACGAAGGGCAGAGCACGUGGUGCUCAGACAGCAGCAGCAAGUUGAGCGCGAGCUCGAGAUUGGGCAGCAACAUGAAUUAGAGCUUGAAGAGAAGCAGAGAGACAAGGAACUUCAGCGGCAAGAAGAUCAGGCUAAUCAGAGGCAGCGAGAAGAGUCUCAGCUCAAGCAGAAGCAGAGGCAGCAGCACCACCAACAACAAGAAGAGCGCGCGUUCAGGCUGAAGAAGUUUUAUGAAGACGAGAAGAAGAGGAUGGAACAGCAGAGACGCGAAGAGCUACAGAGACAGGAGGCCAGGGAGAGACAAAGAGAGGAGUACGAGCUCCAGAUGAAGCAGCGAGAGGAGCAACAGCAAGAGCAACAAGUACACGAGCUCAGGCAGAAGCAGCGACAAGAAAUUAUACUCAAGCAACAGCAGCGACAUGAAGCCAUACAAAAGAGCAAGCUGGAGCUUGAAGCGCUGCAGAGUGGAGUCAGACAGCGAGAGGCCGAGCUCGCGCAGAAACAGCGACAGGAACUCGAGUUCAAGCAGGAACAGCAGAGGCAGCAACAGUUGCAACUGAAGCAGCAGGCAGAGAAGGAAGCCGAGAAGAAGCAGACCGAGGCUUCUGAUGGCAAGCCCGGCUCCUCGAAGCCAACGUACAACCCUGAGCAGGGAUAUGCCGAUAUAAUUGAGACAAUCAAGAACUGGCAGCUUUCGGCGACGAAGGGAAUUCAGUGCAUCUCGGAGGAGUUAGGUCGGAUCUCUGCUACCGCUGCCAAGGCGGAGGAGCUGGCCGAGUUGGGCUCCGUCUCUGCGGAGGUUCGUACUGAGAAUGAGACUGUAGCCGAGUCGGCUGAGGCGUCAAAGGCGCCAGAGGCCGAGGCUGAUGCCGAACGCGAGAUUCCUCCCUUCUCGUUGGGCUCUCCUCUCUCUCCUGUGAUUGACCCUCGCAACUGGUCCCAUCCCGACGCGGAUCAAAGUCGCAGGAUGGUGUAUAGACUCGUCAAGAAAGAGGACGAUGUCCCUACUUUUGACGUUGUCAGCUAUGAGGAUGCCAAAGACCCUGCGGACGAGUUCCUUACCACGGAGUCUGUCAAUUGCCAGAAUGGCAAGGACUGCAAGAUGUGCAACUGCCGGAUUUCGCGCCAGGAGCCAUCGCAGGCUGGCAUUAAGACAGCGUUACCUUUGGAGUUCUUUGAUGACGAUUUCGUCCUCAUUUGAGGGUUUUCGGCGGCGGAGGUGCAGAGGGAUGAGUGGCGUUUACUGAUUUCCUAUCGCGCGCGAUGCCCAGUGAUAUACGAGGGGCCAGUCUAUGAUAUCGCAAGUUUGUAGUUUCCUCCCCAAUUGAUCUAGUUUAAUCGAUUCUUGUCGUCGUUUUGACAAAGACACGCGAGUGAGUUAAGGCUGCCAUAGUCAUUCUACCUGCUUACACUUACCGAGUGGCACCUUGUAGGUAAAGUACUAGAUCGCAGGGGCUUGGUGGGCUAACACUGGGAGCUUGCGACCUGAAAU